GGGCGCGCUUCAGUGCGCUUGCUCGCUUUGCAGAGCAUCCCGUGCAUGUAUUAGGAUGCCAUUUGUUCGCUGUGUUUUAAUGGGGUUGUGUAGUGUUUGUAUUGUUUUCUCUGUGACAACUCUGUAGGUUUAAUCAGUUUGUAAGCAGGAAAAUAAUGAAAACAGUGGAUAACUAUUCUGAGAGGACAGCAAAGAAACACCACAACAAACGAUAUUGACAUGAAGAAAGACAUUGAGACGUUGAUAGCACAAGAACGAGCUGAAAUCAUCUCCAAAUAUGACAAGGGUCGGUGUGAAGGAGCACAGAUUGACCCAUGGGAAGAUGCUGAUUUUAAUAUAUACAAAGUCACUGACCGCUUUGGCUUCCUGCAUGAGGAGGAGCUGCCUACACCGAGUGCACUGGAGGAGAAGCAAAAACAGCAAGAGAUUGAAAGAGUGGACAAAUGGCUGAAAAUGAUAAAGAAAUGGGAUAAAUACAGAAACAGUGAGAAGAUGAUGCGGAGAGUCUAUAAAGGAAUUCCCCUGCAUCUACGAGGUCAGGUCUGGUCUGUGCUGCUCGAUGUGGAGAAACUAAAGAAUGAAAACACAGGAAAAUACGAGAAAAUGAAACAGCAAGCCAGGCACUACUCCACAGAAAUCAAGCAGAUAGAUCUGGAUGUGAACCGCACCUUUAGAAACCACAUCAUGUUCAGGGAUCGCUUUGGAGUGAAGCAGCAGGCACUGUUUGAUGUCUUGGCAGCUUACUCCGUUUACAACACAGAGGUGAGCUACUGUCAAGGAAUGAGUCAGAUUGCAGCCAUCCUUCUGAUGUAUCUCAAUGAAGAGGAUGCUUUCUGGGCGUUGUCACAGCUGCUGACAAAUCAGAAACACGCAAUGCAUGGGUUUUUUAUUCCUGGAUUCCACAAGCUUCUGCGGUUUCAAGCACACCACGACCAGAUACUAUCCAGACUGAUUCCCAAGCUGAAGAAGCACUUGGACAAGGAGCAGAUGUCUACAGGGAUUUAUACCACCAAAUGGUUCCUCCAGUGUUUUAUAGACAGGACCCCCUUUACGUUGACCCUUCGUCUAUGGGAUAUCUAUAUUUUGGAAGGUGAACGGAUCCUGACUGCAAUGGCUUACACCAUACUUAAACUGCACAAGAAGACCCUGUUGAAGAUGUCCUUAGAAGAGCUGCGUGAGUUUCUUCAAGAGAAUAUUGUCAGAUCUUUUCAUUUGAAUGAUGACAUUGUCAUAGAGCAGCUCCAAGCAUCCAUGACUGAACUGCGGAAAAUGAAGCUUGAUCUUCCACCUCCAGCAAAACCUGAUGAAUUUCCCAAGAAACCACUUGGCCAGGAGAUACCAGUCACCCUUAUACCCAUGAAACCACACCAUGCUGCCAACGGGAAGAAUAAAAUCGCCAGGCCAGAGUCGGUCAAACUCAAAAUUGAGGGAGAUCAGGAAAGGAUACUGUCAGAUAACAGCCCUCUGUCACUCAAUGAGAACAAUUCUAAUACAGUUAAUGGUGAAAACCUGCCCAUUCCUUCUCCAGAGCCCGUUCUGGUUCAUGCUCACAAACUGCACAAUGACUCAUCGCCAGGAGAGCAGCCCUUCACUCUUGCUGGAAGUCAAGUCAGUGCCUCAAAAACAAGCCGGCCUCUGAUUUUGGAAAACCCUAGCACUUUUUCAGCAAGAGAGAAUAUAGCUUCUACUGGGCCUGGGGUCUCAAAUUUUAACAAGAAUGUUAUUUCACAAAAGAAGGCGGGAACCCUCUUGUUAGAAAACCUUGCAGGUCCUGCUAUGGAAGGAGGUUUCCAUACAGCAGAGGGAUGCUUUCCUGCCCUAGAGGAAAAAACUAAAGCAGGCGAGAGCCAAGUUGCUAUUCACACAGAGCAACAGCAAGAGCUAAACGACUGGCCCCCACCGUAUGUACCUGUUGAGACUGAUAGUACAUGCUCUACUGCUCAGGUAGUAGAGAAUGAGGAAUUAUUUGUACCACAGCCAGAAGACUUUGACUUGCCUCCACCCCCACCAGAAUUGUAUCUUUGUGAUGACUGUUGCACUGCUGUCCUACCUCAAGAUGAUAUUUCUUUCUCAGAAGACCUACCACUCCCCUCAGAUCCAGUUCCCCUCCUAAUUAAGGAGGACCUCUCCUUUCCCCUGCCUAUACCAGAAGACAAUAUGGUUACUCUUGGGGUACCAGAACACUUGGGAGAAAGACGGCCCUCAAAUACAUCCCAUUAUGAUAAUUUGUCGGAAGGGGAAUUUGAAGAUCAGUACUUGGUCAAACUUCUUGAACUGACUGGUACUGAAUCUCAAGGUGAAAUUGCAGCACAAAUCUCAGAAGUAUCCAACCUUCCCAAACCUCCUGAUGACAAUUCAAGCAUGCCGGCACUGUUGGAAAAAGAGGACUUUGCAUUGUUUCUUCCACCACCACCACCGCCACCACCACCUUUACCCUUUUACCCACCAAAGCAAACAUCUGCAGCUUCUUCCAGACAACCCCCAUUCCUCCAGAUUUAUGAGCCCACUCAAGAUCUGGGCUACACAGGGCAAGAGUACAGCAGGACUGUUACCAACCAAUCGCCUGUUCAAGAGGAGGCACUGAGUCAAUUUCAAAUAGUCGGAUCCACCACCCCCAUCCAUAUGGCCUACACCCGGGGGCGCAACCACUUGAACCAAAAGCAAAUAGCAUUGCCCAUCCAGGACGAGUUGAUAGAAAGCUGUAAUGAAGCAGCUAAGCUCUUCAUAGUUGAAGAGGCAGAACCUACACACUGUCCAAGAGACAUUUCUACUGUGUUAGUGAGAAGGAAGCCUUCUCCCAUCCUAACCUCGCUGCCCCCUGCAGUAAAAGCUAAAUCAGUCCCCACGGCCCAUUCGGAUACAGAAUUCUAUCGGGCACACUCCUCAAAUCCCCAGGUUUCUAAAUCAGUAACAUUUUAAAUUACAGCUUGAUGGCAUUGGGCAGACUUUAAGUUUGCCGUUUUUUACUGGAACUGUCUACUCUGAUGUGACUUUCCCUGCAAAUUAUUUUGCUUUGAUAUGUAUUAGUCACGUAUCCAGGGUCAUUCAUCAGCUGUGGAAUAAAACCGAACAAAAACUGGUCUCUAAUGAUCUUCAACUGAACAUUGGAUCCCUGUGACUUAGUAAAUAACAGCUCCCAUACUGAGCAUAAGAGUUCUGUGGUUUGAGUCGUGUCAGGUAAACACUACACACCAAUGGAGUGACUAUCUGAUUGGUCUUUUUUCUGCAGUUCAUUUUAUGAUCCGGGGUCCAGUGUGUACGUAAUAAAUACCAAAGCUGUCACAGUUAUGUAUAACAGUAACAUAUUAAGUGCCAAUUUCUGACCAACCUUCUGCAUUUUCCAAAAUGAGCAGCUUCUUCCUUCAUUAGAUGUAAACAUAUUGCGCAAUUACUAAUGCUUUAACUUUUAGAAAUGUAUUGCAAGUUUUCCUAACCUUUUAUUUGCUACUUUGAAAAGUAUACUUUUUAAAGUUUCUAUUUUCAGAUUCACACCGUUAUUUUUUAAUUUAUUUCACAGUGACUUUUUUAUCUGUUCCACUUCUUAAAAAAACAGAAAUACGACUGAAUAUAUGAAGGACUAAUGACCAACUUAAAUGUAUUUAUUUAUUGAAUUGUGCACGGACAGUUAUUCAAAGAGCAGCAAAAAAACAUAUUUUAAAACAGAAAUGUUUUAUUUUUACAUGUUUUAAAUGCACAGUACAGCAUUGGCUUUUUAGCAAAUUCUUAAAAUCUGUAAUCUGCAAUUUCCUAAUGGUGGAUGUCAUGCUUGUUUAGGAUCAAUAUGUCUUUUCUAUAUCAUUCACUAUUCUUGUGGCUGCUUAGAUUAUUAUUUACCAGCCUAAUGAACUAUUUCAACAAAAUGUCCUUCAACCACUUCAAAAAGCUCUCAAGUGAGAAGGGCUGAAAAAGGACCACAAGGGCUGUGUAGCUGUAAUCCCUGUCUCCUCUGGAAUUGGGAUAUUUGUUUACACAUUUUUUCAUUUUCUAACUUGGUUAGAGGGCGCAUAUAUUACAGCUGCACACCAUUAAGAAAUUCGGUUUUUAGAAGUAGUUGAAUAUUUUACUUUGACAGAAUGGUCAUUUGAUGAUCUAAGCAAUGAAGAAAGAUAGAAGCCACACACAGUUGGGUAUGAAACAGAUAAGAGAUCAAAUAUCCUGAAUUUGGAUGAUCUAAAAAUCCCUGUAAUGGUAGUCUGGGUAUUAACAGAUCUAUGUGUCCCUAAUAAAGGUACUAGAAUCCACCCCCAAAGUAUUUAUUAAUACCUACCAUGUUUUCUCUUACGUGAAUAGGUAUCUGAAGUAAAAGUGGUGUUUUGUUUUUUACUUGGCAAAUAUAAAAUGCAGAAUCAACAGGUAACUAUUAUAAUUGAUAUAUUCUCUCUUGCCAUGGAAACAGAAUGCUAUAUUUAAAAAAAAAAAAAAAAAAAAUCUUGAUGUACAUACGUAGG